AUGUACUCAAAUCCAAAACCAUCCGGCCAUCCGCCGUCCUGCUCGCGCUCGCCCUGGUUGGUGCUUGCCCUGUUCAUCAGUCUGACCGUGAUUCUCACCCAGCUCCUCCCGCACAUCACCUCGUCUGGAUCAGCCUUCCGAUACACCUCCACAGGCUGGCCAGGCCCCGGCCGAUUCGCGUUCACCCAACUAUCGCGCAGCAGGAGUAGCAGCAACCAUGGUCUUACGGCAACGGCCGCCAUCGACCUGCAAGCUGGGCUGCCCACCUUCACCUCCGUCCGGGUCGUCUCUCUCAAGUCGCGCACUGACCGCAGGACUCACAUGCAGACCUUGGCGGCCUUCCUCCGGCUCGAUAACCUCCACUUCACUGACGCCGUCCUCUACUCCGACCCGCGUGUCCUGGAAAUCGUCCAGCGGGUCGGCAAUCACACGAAGGCUGAUAAGGGGAUCGCGGAGGUGGGCCAUGUGGCGUGUCGGAUGUCUCAUCGCAUGGCCAUCGAGGCUGCGGAUGCUGACGACGACGAACUCACAUUGAUCCUCGAAGACGAUGUCGAUAUCGAGGCCGCAUUCAAGUACCUCGCGGGGACAAUUCUCAGGGAUGUUCCCAAGGACUGGGAUAUCAUUUUCUUCGGCCACACAGACUUCAGCAACGAAGCGCGAAACGGGCCGGACCCGUCGACGAGCAAUUUCUACAUCUACAAGUCUGUGGAACCACAAGGCGGACAUGGAUAUGCCCUAUCGAGGAAAGGACGCAAGCUGGUUCUCGAUCUGCUCGACAACAAGCGGCCCGACGUACUCGAGACGGAUGCGGGUCAGCCGGUGGACGAGAUCUUUGUCUAUCUGGCACGUCUGAAGCGGGCCGCACUGUACUCGAUCAUUCCUGACCUGAUCGUUCAGGUGCCCCUCUUCAAGUCCGACAUCUUCGGCACCCCCGCCGGCUUUGAAGACGGCAUGCACAACAAGAAACUACUCGACUCUAGCCUCAAACGCAUCGCCCAAUCCUCUUCUGCCGCGCUCCCAAAACCCGUUCCUCCCGUAUCGGCUCCCAUCGUCCACUCUCUCGCUCGCAGAGCUUCGCGCACAUAUCCUCAUUGA